UAACAGAUCAGCGGGAGUUAUUUUUAAAUACGUUUCGGAAUUUAGUGAGCAACGAUAGCCUCCGAAAUGUUCCUCAUACAAUGAGAUCACCGUAAUUCAAUACUCAGACGGAGUUAUGGCGAAUUUAGAGUUCGGAUCUUUACAUUCCUGUUCUGGCGGUGUUUCACCAGCAAUGGAUUUAGAAAAGGACAAAGAUUCCGGACGUCAUAGUCGGAACAGAACCGGGUCGCCGCCGCUGCAAACUCAGCUCUCACAACAGGGAAUGGAGGGAAUCAAAGUUUAUUUGCACGAGAGAGAUCUGUGGGCGAAAUUUCAUGAUGUCACAACAGAGAUGAUCAUCACCAAAGCUGGCCGACGAAUGUUUCCCAGCUACAAGGUAAAGGUAACAGGCCUAAACCCCAAAGCGAAAUAUAUCUUACUUAUGGACAUUGUUUCAGCCGACGAGCACCGAUAUAAGUUUGCAGAUAACAAGUGGUCUAUCAGUGGUAAAGCUGAGCCUGCAAUUCCAGGCCGACUGUAUGUGCACCCAGAUUCACCGGCUUCAGGUGCUCACUGGAUGAGACAACUUGUCUCUUUCCAGAAACUCAAGCUUACCAACAACCACCUGGACCCGUUUGGACAUAUAAUUUUAAACUCCAUGCAUAAAUACCUGCCGAGGCUGCACAUAGUGAAAGCAGAUGAGAGGAACAGCUUUGGCUCCAGCAACACAAGUUUUUGCACACACUCCUUUCCUGAGACGGCCUUCAUCGCUGUGACUUCCUACCAGAAUCACACAAUCACUCAUCUGAAGAUUGAGAAUAAUCCUUUUGCUAAAGGUUUCCGUGGAAAUGAUGACAUCAAACUGCAUCGCAUGUCCCGUACUCAAAGUAAGGAGUACCCACUGGUACCACGUAGCACUGCCCGGCAGAGAGUUGCUCCACCCUCUCCUGACUGUCUCUCUCAGUCAGAAUGCACUAUGCCACAGAAACCCAGUCCUGGCUACACUCGCUCCAGCACUUCAGGUGACCGUGACCACACCCUCACUGAAACUCAUCCCACUCAUGACCCCACCUAUCACCUCUUCACAUACCAGCUCUCCCCAGAGGUGGCCCCUUUGAACAAUGUCCCCUGCAAUUUGGAUUCUGCACAGCAGCUGCCUUGCAUGUAUGGAAGCUCUCAGGUUGGCAUGGAGGACAUCAGAUGGGCAUCAUAUACGGACAGCACAACUUACCAAAGCUUUUCCUCUGCUAAAGAAAUGGGUGGGACGUUUGGUACAACCCCUGACAUCUCUCAGGAACUGUAUCCACAAUACACCUGUGAGGUGGGCAUUCAGUCACAUUGCAUGAUGACUGAUUUCUCACUUUAUGCUUGCAAUCAAUCAUUGAGCCAAAAUCAACAACCAAGCAGUUGGUGUGGGGGCAGCUGAGCAAGUAUGUGCACUGUGUGCAUGUCUGUUUGUGUGUGUGAGUCUGUGAAUAAUUGUUGUGACUUCAUAAAUCAUAACAUCCUGAAAUCACAACAUUUUAGUUUGCUCCACAGUUUUUAAAUAGUCAUUAAUCAAACAAUGUCUGUCAGGUUAAAAUAAAUGCUAAAUUUUUGUUAUCAAAAUAAACUGAUCUUCUCUCAGUAAAAAUAAAGGUUCCAUUUAGAACCAAAAAGGAGCACAAGGCCUAAGGAAAACUCUCCCUAACUCUCCAAU